GGGCCACCAACAAGAAAAAAAGGAUUAAAGCAAGAGCAUGGACUGAGAGAGCAGGGUAUCUGCCAGCCUCUUCCCAACAACCGAUGAAUGUUUCUACUAUUUCCUUUCGCCGUCGACUUUAUUCGAUCUUGAUCCCUCGACACUCACAGAAGCUGUCUGGCCCUGCUUCCUCGAUCGGAGAGACUAGGAUCGCUGCUAGAAAGGAGACCUCGAUCUGGUGACGCAGACUUGACUAGCACACGACAUCGACGUAAUAGGGGAAUAUAAGUCAAACAAAACAGUAACUGCACUGCGAUCAUCAGGACUGGUUACUAAAAAAGGAAAUAUCCUGGGGAACCAGCCAGCUGGUCCAACGCUCAAAGCCCAAAGUACCGGUACACAAACAAAAAGCAAAAACCGCCAGAGACAUCUCGAGCCAAUAAAGUAGACAGGGACAACGGCAGCCACCAGUAACAGCUUGAGGUCACCACCUGGACUCUAAUUAAUAUCCAACCCGCCGAUCCUAGGGCGGCCUCACUCAUUCAUCUUACCACCCUUUUACUUUCUCUAGCUCCUCCUUUUCUUUUCUCGUUCUGUUUCCCUUUGACUUUCUCUUUUUCUAUUUCCCAGCCUCGCAAAUAAUUCACUUCAUCUUUUGGGCCUUUAGCCGCCAGACUCAACACUUUUCGAUGCUGCGCAUGCACUAAUACACCCCACGCGAUCAGUUCAUACACAGAGUUGCGCGCGGUCUCUUGUAAUACCAACUUUCUUCCUAUCCACCAUACUAAACAGGGCUACACCUCCCCUGACGAUAUUGGGCCAACCUCUUAUCUCUUGACACCUUACCAAACAUCUCGUCAUCUGCCGGUUCGUGUAUUGUCCAAGUGCUGGCUUCCACGGCGGGUCGACCAUUUCCGUAUCAUCCCAUCUCGCUCAUCCUGGUCUCAUCGGACCACAUCUUCCCCGGCUUAACAUCCCGCCAGAUCGGUUACUUUAUUGCUCGAUCACGCCCUGUGCUUUAGUUGCGUAUUCGGCUUUGAAAGCCACUGAAACACAUAUCAUAACUUGGCCUGCUUCACUUCGUGGUCUUUGUAUUUGUUUACACUCGCCAUCAAUCAUCACUCAGCCCUAUUUGACGACAGAGUCGAUCUUCUGUCUAAUACCAACGACACCUUUGAUUGAGCUGCUGCAUGAGCUCGACCCGAACUUGGCUUGGCUAUCAUGUUCCUGCAUGCUGGUGCUAGCCUUCACGGCCACGAGUACUCGACAAAUCGACAGACACAAGCGCCCCAAGGAGCGUUGCCCUUCCUCCGAUCAGCGCUUCGACGUCGGUCAGAUACUGAUAAAACAACAAGGCCAUUAUCAGCAGACGUUACUUCCUUACCACAACUCCGACCAAUGUCAUACCAUGAGAAACUCCCGCCUGCGACUACAGUGACGCCGGUGCGCCGGACUUCUCGCCCCAGGCCCAAGUCUGAGUACAUGCCUCGGCGAGAUCUCUCUGUUCGCUUUCGUGAACCGGAGACUGAUGACGACCUGCCACCGUCAGAGGUUCAGAGCGAAGACGAAGGCUCUGCUGCCUGCUCAGAUAUAAGUGAGCUAAGUGAUUCAUCCACAGCACCUCGAAGAAGGAGGAGGAAGCGCACCUUCAGAAAAUCUACACAAUUUCUUCUUGCACACCCAGCACCUCGACCAGGAGCCAGACAACGCCGCUUGGUUCAUCUCCGCCCACGACUGCUCCUUCAAUUACAAGAAGUCGGCGAGAAGCGCCCAAUACCCGCAUUUGAUGUAGUACCGUCCAGCCUCAUCACGGGCUCUCAGAUUGUUCCUCGCAUGGCUAAGCGUUGCCCCCACCUGUUCCGUACAAAGCCAGUCCUAGGCAUGAACGAUCUUCUUAUUGUUCGCAGUGAGGACUACGACACGCCAGCAUCUCCAGGAUCUCUCGAUACCGAAGACUCGCUCGACCAAAGGGACGUCGUUGCAGUUAUUAGUCCACUUCCCCAAAUGGGUGACGAGUCCGCCGAAAUCGUGAUGGAAGAUGGAUCGACCUGGGAGUCAAGUUUGAUGACCAAUGGCUCAUAUGAGUUCAUUGGAGUUGACGAGCGAGGACGAAUCAGUACGGCACGAUGGGUCAAGAAGACUUCAACGCCAACAUCCCCCAUGCCUAAGAAUACCGGAGAACAAACACCACCACCGAGCCCGUUGCCCGCUGAAGUCAAGUGGACAUUUAGUAUGAUACACCCCGACACAAGACGGCACCCCAUCAUGGGUUCCCUCAUGUCAAAUACGCUGGACGUCUUUGACACUUAUAAUACCAUGUCGACCUCAAGCGGUCGCUAUCCUCCAACUCGAAACACACCACUAGACUCUAAGCUUGCCAGCGACUGGAUCGUCUCGAACCCACCUGAAAUUCAGUCACGAUUGACGAAAGUGGUCCCAGAAGACAUCAAACUUCUGAUGGUUGCAACUGCAUCUUGGGUAAACCUUAGACAAAGUGGAUUGCCAGCAUCGGGAAUCUGCAGGACACCAUCGACGUUACAAAAACGCACACUUAGCAAUGGUGGUGGUCCGCAGAGAGCUCAGACGUUCCCUGCUCGCCCAAGCCUUCCCCUUGUUAAUCCUUCACAUCAAUUACCGCAUGUCAACACGAGCCCGGCAAGUAGUUCUUUGGACAGUUGCACAUCGGACAUGCCCGCACGUCGAAGGUCGGUGUCCUACAAUGCCGGGUUUGUCAAGCGGUUUGUGACGCCGCGUGUCAGCGAGGAUGGAAGACCUCCGCUAGAGACCCUCGAUAUUAAGUCAGACAGGCCACCGACAAGACGUGUGAGCAUUAGUGUGCGGAAUUUUGCAGACAAGAUUUUCCGCCGGAGAAGCAACUCCCAUGCGCAGGCUGAAGAUAUAUAUGGACACAAGUUCGAGUAUUGAUACAUCGAUAGUGAUGAUUGUAAUAUAAAUAUACCUCGUCCUCAAAAGGACUUAUUAUCUUCGCGCAUGACAUAUUCCUGGUCUCGCAAAG